AUGGCCGGGCUUGAGCAAGAGAUCUAUGACGUGGAGUCAGAGACGCAGAGCAUGCUAAGAGAGGAGCGGAGAGAGAAGAGAUCCCGGCCGCUGGUUGCAGGGGGGUCCGUGGGGUUGCUGGUCCUCGCAGUGGCCGGCGUGAUGGUGCUCUACAACCAUCGGCCGAACUUGCACAAGUCAAGCGAGCAGGUCGUAGAGUUUUCCGAGCUCUCAGGAACCGACGUGUGGUCCGAUGUGCUGUCCCCAAGUGCCAUGAGGCAGUAUGAGCAGGGAAAGAAGAUGGCUGCAGAGGCUUACAAGGGAGCGGAUUCCGUGGUCUCUGUGGCCAACGAGGCCGCGGGCGAGGUCAAGGAGGCUAGUGAGAAGGCUUUCACUACUUUCCAGGCCGGUGCGCAACAGGCCGCUUCCUCAGUAAAGGACGCGCAGACGCAGGCGUUCGACAGUUUCCAGGCCGGUGCACAACAGGCCGCUACUUCAGUAAAGGACGCGCAGACGAAGGCAUUCAACACUUUCCAGGCCGGUGCGCAGCAGGCCGCUUCCGCAGCAAAGGAUGCGCAGACCGAGGCGAAAGAGACUCUGAAAGAGGCCGCAAAUGCCCAAAAGAUGAUGGAGAAACUAGGCCUUGUUGGGGACAAAGCUGCGGUCGAAGCGAAGGAUCUCGACAGCAAAGGCCAGAGCCUCGGCUCGAGCAUCCAGCAGGCAAUGGCUGCUGCCCCUGCCAGCAUCCCUGCCCUUGCAGCCGUGGCCACCGGUGGCACCGUCCCGCCACCCGUUACCCAGAAGCCCACGGACUCUCCUUCCGAGUCCGCUCUCGCUCCGCAGCUCGCUGGACAUGACAAAGACCCCUGCUCAAACGAUGAGGAGUAUGUUGGGGGACUUUGUUACGCCAAGUGUGCCACAUUGACAGGAGGCUCCCAUCCCUGCCGAAGCUCUGCAUGGAGCUGCUGCGCAGUUGAAGCCGGCCCAAAUUGCGGGGAAAAGGCUGCCAUGGAGAGCUGUUGGGUGCACCCCGGAUUUUGCUUCGGCUAUGCCAUCGCGGGCCAAGCGGAGGCGAAGCAACAGGGUUCGAAUUGCCCCACAUCCCUGGGCGCUUGCCUCACCGACGAAGAGUUGUUCAUGAACGUAUGCUACAAGAAGUGCUCCGCCGUCACCGGCGGAAGCCACAUUUAUCGUGUGGGUGCUGCCACAUGCUGCAACAAACAGUCCCACUUCGAAUGUCUGUGGCCCGGCAACCUCAAGACCGACCCCACCUACAACAUGGGCGGUGGGGCCGGCGACCACAACUCGGGCACUCCCAGCGAGUCGCACGCGCCGCUGAAGUCCCUUGCAACGAGUGAGUAG